UAGCUCUCCUAACCUCUAUCCCCUUUUGCUUCCUUCUGUUCUUAGUGACAAUAGAAAAUAGUUCAACUCAGCCUUCUCAUAGCUCCUUUUAUUCUUGUGACUGAGGGGAAGAAGGAACAAGGUAGUAGUCUCCAACAUUUUAUGGUGAGGAGCUGCUGAGCCUUUGAUUGGGGAGGGGUGGGGGUGGAUAAGAAUGAUCCUUUCAAAGCAGUACCCACCUCAUACCACAAUGCUUAAAAUGCUAGUGAGCCUUAGGGAAAAAAAGCAUGAUGUGUUGGGGACCCUUUGAGUAAGACAUUGGAAGGAUUUAUUCCUGAGAGGUGAUUGGAAAGGGAGCUUUAUGUCUCUUAAAGGGUUUCUUUUCUGGAAGAUGGUGACCAGUUUACCUCCAGCUCCUCUAGGAUCGAAGCCAAAGAAUGUGGGCUGAGAUUGCAGCAGGAGAGAUGGAGGUUAGAUAUCUGGGAAAACCUUCCAGUGCUUGAGAGGUUUGAGAACUUGGAAUAGGAGAAGGAAGCUAACAUGUUUUCAAGGUCUCUUUAGAACCUCUGAAUCAGAGAGGAACAAUGUGAACAGAAAGCUAUGUGGAAAAGUAGAUGGCUUCUCAUUGGGGUGGAGCAAUUAGGGAAUUUCUGAUCCAUGGGGACUCUAAUCCCAAUGUUGACUCCUAUAUAUGUGCCUCUUUUCCCUUCCACAGUUGCCGCAGAUGACCCUGAAUCUUCUGGCCUCCCCCCCCACUUGCUUCCCUCCCCGUGGUCCCCCACUCUCCGUUUCAUCUGGCUCAUCAUGAAUGGUGCCCCUUCCCCUGAGGAUGGGGCUUCCCCUUCUCCUCCCCCUCUGCCACCACUGCCGCCACCACCACCACCACCACCACCACCACCUCCUCCUCCUCCCAGUUGGCGGGAAUUCUGUGAAUCCCACGCUCGAGCGGCAGCCCUGGACUUUGCCCGGCGCUUCCGCCUCUACUUGGCUUCCCAUCCCCAAUAUGCAGGUCCUGGGGCUGAGGCAGCUUUCUCACGACGCUUUGCUGAGCUCUUCUUGCAGCACUUUGAGGCAGAGGUGGCUCGGGCCUCAGGUUCCCUUUUGUCAUCUGGCCCAAUCCCUUUGAGUCCUGGUACGGAAACUUUAUCUCGUGAUCUUUCCCUGGAGAGCUGCCGGAACAGUGGUCCUCUGACUGUGCUGGGUCCUUCCCGAUCUUCUGAAGACUUAGCUGGCCCCCUCCCUUCCUCAAUCUCUUCAUCCUCUUCAAAGCCUAAACUGAAGAAACGUUUCUCCCUCCGCUCUGUGGGCCGAUCAGUACGAGGCUCAGUUCGAGGGAUCUUGCAGUGGCGGGGAGCUGGUGAUCCCCCCUCACCAGUGGGACCCUUGGAGACAUCUUCCUCUGGACCACCUGUCUUGGGUGGAAACAGCAACUCCAACUCCUCUGGUGGGGGUGGUAGCACCAAUGUGGGGCCAACUAGCAGUGGGACAUCCCCUGGGGAAAGAUGGACUCACCGAUUUGAGAGGCUGAGACUAAGUAGGGGAGGGGGACCCUUAAAGGAUGGGGCAGGGACAGUGCAAAGGGAGGGCCUGCUGAGCUUCAUGGGAACAGAGGAGGCAGCUCUUGGUGGAGGAGAAGGUCGAGGGGGAGGAGGAACUGGAACUUCAUCUGGGGGUGGGGGACCACCAAGGUGGCAGAAGUGUCGCCUGCUGCUUCGGAAUGAGGGGGAAGGAGAUGGAAGUCGGCUGGAGUUCUAUAUCCCACCUAAGGCAUCCCGACCCCGGAUCAACAUCCUGUGUUCUACCAUCACAGAUGUCCGGACAACCACAGCUCUGGAGAUGCCUGACAGGGAAAACACCUUUGUGGUUAAGGUGGAGGGUUCUGUGGAGUAUAUCCUGGAGACAGCUGAUGCCCUGAAUAUGAAGGCCUGGGUGUCUGAUCUACAGGAUUGCCUGAGCCCAGGUUUACCUUUUGACUUCCCUCUUUCCAUUUUCUUUCCUUUGAACCUUGGGACUUCAUUCCCUGCCAGGGAGAACACAGACAACCUGGAACUAUCCUGCCUCAACCAUUCAGAGAGUCUGCCCAGUCAGGAGCUGCCUUUGGGACCUAGUGAGAGCAACGAGCACCUGUCUCAGGGGGCAUAUGGGGGCCUCUCGGAUCGUCCCUCAGCUUCUAUCUCCCCCAGCUCUGCCUCCAUUGCUGCCUCCCAUUUUGACUCAAUGGAACUACUGCCUCCAGAGUUGCCCCCCCGAGUCCCUAUUGAAGAGGGGCCCCCAUUGGGAACAACUUACCCCCCACCAGCCCCUUACCCUCCCCCGAACACUCCAGACACCACAGGUUCGUUCCUGUUCCAGGGGGAGUCAGAUGGAGGUGAUGGGGACCACCCCCUUUCAGAGUACCCUUGGUUCCAUGGGACCCUCUCCCGACUCAAGGCUGCCCAGCUAGUGUUGGCAGGGGGUGCUGGCAGCCAUGGUGUCUUUCUGGUACGUCAGAGUGAGACGAGGAGGGGGGAGUAUGUCCUCACAUUCAACUUCCAGGGCAAGGCCAAGCACCUUCGUCUAUCCCUGAAUGAGGAUGGUCAGUGCCGGGUGCAGCACCUCUGGUUCCAGACGGUCUUUGACAUGCUGGAGCAUUUCCGGGUCCACCCCAUUCCUCUGGAGUCUGGGGGCUCCAGUGAUGUUACCCUCGUCAGCUAUGUCGUGGCCUCCCAGCGGCUACAAGGCAGGGAACGGGCAGGGAGCCGAGCUGGGGUGUGUGAGGGAGAUCGCUGCUACCCCGACGCCUCUUCCACCCUCAUGCCCAUCGGAGCGAGUGACUGUGUAACCGAACAUCUCCCAUGAUCCAUCCCAACCUCCUGACCCUGAUUCAAGGGCAGACCCUGCACACCCUGGGGAAGAGGAGUUGAUGGUAGAAGCAUCAGAAGCUUCAGA